GUUUAGUAUCAUCUCAUCUUCCGUGAUCCGUGACCAACUUUCUCCAACUUCCUAAUCAUAUUUUAUACGUUUUUAUAUCGAUAUGGCGCGUUAUUUCAAAGAACAAGAUAUCGAUGAAUUCCGUGAAUGCUUCUACCUAUUUGCUAGAUCUGGGCAAAUUACGUCAUUGGACGAGUUAACUGUGGUGAUGCGGUCCCUCGGAAUGAGCCCUACCAUCCAGGAGCUAGCGGGAUACCUGAAGGGCAAGGGUGGAAAGAUGUCAUUCGCUGACUUCUUAGAAGUGAUGCACAUACACUCACGCGCCGAAAAUUUGCCUUCUGAGGUUGUGAACGCGUUCAAAGCGGGCGACACGGAGAAACGCGGCGUGAUCCCGGCGCGGCAGCUACGGAACCUGCUGCAGAACUGGGGCGAGGGGCUCUCUGCGAGGGAGGUGGACAACAUCUUCCGCGAAGCCAACGUGUCUAACAACGGCACCGUGCGGUACGAGGACUUCGUCAAGAUCGCGUGCGCGCCGGUGCCCGACUACUAUUGAAUGUUUCCGAUAUAGUUCAUUGACCAAUAGUAUACCUUGUUGCGGCGAGAUAAGGUCUACAAUGGUCAAUAGUUAAACCUGCACGGUCACGGCACUAAGUGUUCAUCCAUUAAUUACGUCACACGAAUUUCGAGGUUUUUUACCCCUCCCCCCUCCUUGUCACAACAUGUCACAUUUUCUUGACCCCCUCCCCCCUAAACAUGUGAUGUAAUUAAUGGACGACCCCUAAUUGUAAUAACUAACCCCCUUAUUUAUAAAUAGUUUUUUUAAAAGAUAUACACGUAUAAUAUACGUAUACGUUAAUUUUUUUUUAUUUAUUGGUACUAGUGUGCAGUGUAGUGUACUAAGAAAUCGGUCGACAGGGAAUUUCAAAAAUAUUUGACUGGUGACUGACUUAAUACUUUAAAUUAUAUCUUAAGAAACCUAACUUAUUUAUUAGGAGUACGUAAAUUGUUACCAGGGCGCUCGGCCUCCCAAUUUAAUGAUUUCAUGUUUUGUAGUGCGCGUUGGGUCUGCCAUCUUGUGGCCUGAAUCGGAAACAUAAACUUAUACAUUGACACUCCACGUCAAAGCAAGUGCUGCCCUCUACAGAUCACGUAGGUUUUCUUGUGCAUUGUGCUGCACUUACAGUUCAUACACUUGAACUGAAGACAAACAGAACGUUUGAACUGUAU